UGAUCCAUCACUCUCCCCAGGGAAACAACCACUUCCGCAAUCUCCUUCCAACGGCCGGAAUCCCCGACCACUGAGCAAUAUUACGCCUCUUUUCUGACCCAUCAAUCACUCCUUCAGGCUUCCAUCAUGCCCAAAGAUAAAGAACGAUCCAUCAAUCCCGCCCAAGCCCAGCGCAAACUAGAAAAACAAAAAGCGCUGAAAAAGGGCAAAGCGGAAGCAGUCGCACGACGAAACGAAAAGCUUGCGCGUCGUAAUCCCGAGCGGAUACAGCGGCAGAUCAAUGAUUUGAAAGCUAUAGAGGAGUCCGGGCAGCCGUUACGGCCGCGCGAGAAGCAGAUAUUAGAGGAAUUGGAGCGGGAUUUGCGGGCAGUGCAGAAGGCGAGAGAGGCUUUGGGUGAUAAAGCGCCACACGUCUUAGGCAAGAGGCGGAGAGAUGAGCGCCAACAACAAUGGAGACAAGAGAGUGACGAUGGCAGCGAAACAGACGAGAGUGUUCGUAACAUCCCCAUGCCGAGAGAUACACCACCUCCCAUACCCCCCGAAUUUCGAAGGCGGGUUCCUACGACUGCACAAGGCGAAGAAGGCCCUCGUCAACCACAUGCAUUACCCGCAAAGCCAGAGAUAAGCGCACAACCACGAACAGUCUAUGAAUCAGCGCCUGUGAUUCGAGACCUUAGAAAAGAAGCAGUAAGCAAAUUUGUGCCGGCUGCAGUUCGGAAACAGCAAGAAGCUAUAAGAGGGCAGGGGAGAUUAGUGGAGCCGGAAGAGAUGGAUAGGUUAGAGAAGGCGGGUUAUGUACAGACGGCCAGAAAUCCGAGCAAGGGUAAUGAAGGGAAGGAACAAGAGGAGGAAGAUCCGGAAGAGAUUCUAAGAAGAAUUGAGGAGGAGACGAGGGCUCAGUCAUCGCCGAAUCAGCAGAGGGCUCAUAAUGUGGAUAUUGAGGAGGUUAGUGAUGAGGAUAACAUGUGA